AUGGUACGACUUUGUGUAAUAUGUAAUAAGGAACGCGCCAUUGUCAAGCGUCCAAAGACAGGGCAACAAGUUUGUCGAGAGUGUUUCUAUUAUGUUUUUGAAACAGAAAUUCAUAAUACCAUUACAGAUAAUAAAUUAUUUAAAAAAGGUGAUAAAGUGGCUAUUGCGGCUUCUGGAGGAAAAGAUUCUACAGUUUUGGCUUAUGUUAUGAAGCUUUUGAAUCAAAGAUAUCAAUAUGAUCUGGAUCUUUUUCUUUUGUCAAUUGAUGAAGGAAUAACUGGCUAUCGAGAUGACUCUUUGGAGACUGUAAAGAGGAACCAGCAACAAUAUGAUCUUCCACUUAAAAUUGUUUCUUAUAGCGAAUUGUAUGGAUGGAGUAUGGAUCAAAUUGUUAAAGAAGUUGGAUUGAAAAAUAAUUGUACUUUUUGUGGUGUUUUCAGACGUCAAGCAUUAGAUCGAGGUGCUGUAAUCUUGGAUGUAGAUCAUAUAGUGACGGGGCAUAAUGCUGAUGAUAUCGCUGAAACAGUUUUGAUGAAUAUCUUAAGGGGGGAUAUCGCUCGACUUCCACGAUGUACCGAGAUAUGUACGUCUGGAGAUGGAAGUAUACGAAGAUCAAAACCGUUUAAAUACACUUACGAAAAAGAAAUCGUUAUGUAUGCUUAUUUUAAGAAGCUCGAUUAUUUUUCGACUGAGUGUAUAUACUCACCAAAUGCGUAUCGGGGACAUGUACGGACUUUCAUAAAAGAUUUAGAAUCUAUACGACCUAGUGCUAUUAUAGACAUCAUACAUUCUGGGGAAGCCUUUGAAAUAAAAAACGGGGUAAAAUUACCUGUACAAGGUGUAUGUAAACGAUGCGGAUAUAUGUCUAGUAAUGAACUUUGUAAAGCAUGUAUGUUACUAGAAGGAUUGAAUCGAGGAUUACCAAAGCUUGGUAUUGGAAAAAACUUUAAAUAG